AAAUUAUUGGUAAUAUCAAAUGAUAUGAUGUGUUUGUGUUAUACUGUGUUUUCAUGUUUUUAAUGCAAAAACAAAUAAUUUUUUACUUAUUUCUAUUUAUUCAUUAUGUCAAAAUACACUGGUUGUGCUGUUCAUUGUUAACAACACGUGGUGUUCUCCUCCAUAGACACGUGUCUGGUGGUCCUGCAGACAUGUUUGUCUUGGGCAGGUACCAUGCGAGUAGAUGCCAAGUUGCAUUUCACACCACAGAUAUCACUGGCUGUUGAUGGUCAGCACAGGUGUAGCAGUGUGGAUAUGAUCCAUUAAUAAUUACAGCGGUAGGUUGCAGCGUUUGGUUGUCAUGGAGAUGUGUUUCUCUUGAGCAGGUGUCAAGUGGCUUUAAAAGGAGACUUGACAACAUCUCCAGUGACUCUAUAAGGACCCUUUUUCAGUAAGACCGUCUCUCUGAUAAAUAUCUUUAUUCCUUAUUGAGCCUGAACUUAAAAUUUGUCAGUUAGAAAAACAGAUGGGAUACUACAAACCUAGUAUCCUGAAAAGUGUCUUAAAAUGUUGUUUCCAAUUGUUCCAUCAGAAAUGGCCGAGCAGAAGAAAAGGAAGAGAUCUACGAGAACCAAGAUGUCAGGCAGCUCACAGAUGAGUGUAGGCACCAAGUCCACAGGUCCCAGCUGUGUCUCUAUGAAGACUGAUGCAUCCAUGUACAUUCCACUCCACUUUAAAGAGUCAAAAUGCCAGCUGAGUGGGGAUUUCAUCAGCUGUUCACUGUGCAAGGAGGCUGUGAGGGAUCCGGUCCAAUUCAUGUGUGGACACCGGUCAUGCAAACAGUGUGUCAGCUCAGACUGUGACCAGUCUGAUUUACCAGUAACCAACUCCUGCCCUCAGUGUGGAGAAAAUGUUCACAACAACAUGGGAGACAAGCCCCUUCGGAAAACUAAGGAGUUACUUAAAAAUGCAAUGCAAAAAAAACUAACUUUGACAUCUGAAGGCAAUGGUGACGCAGAAAGCUCCCUCAGGAGCAUCUACACAGCACUCUUCAUCACAACUGGGGAGAGUGAAGGGCCAAAUGAAGAACAUACCUUCAGACACAUCAAACGCAAAUUGAAAAAGCAAUCAUAUGACUACUCAAUCAACCUCAGUGACAUCUUCAGACCUCUGCAUGGCCCAGAGAAACCCCACAGAACAGUCCUGACAAAGGGCGUCGCAGGCAUUGGAAAAUCAUUUGCUGUGCAGAAAUUCAUUCUUGACUGGGCCGAGGAGGAAGAGAACCUGGAUAUUGAUUUAGUUUUUUGUCUUUCUUUCCGAAAGCUGAAUUUGAUUACAGAUGAGAAAAGCUUGCACAGGCUCCUGACUGAAUUCCACCCUGUGCUCUGUGAUCUGAAAGAUUCAGAGGAUUACGUCAAAGCCAAGGUCCUAGUGAUCCUGGACGGUCUGGAUGAAAGCAGACUUCAGCUGGACUUUGAGAACAAUGAGGUGGUAACAUCUGUCAGUAAAGUAACAUCUCUGAAUAAUCUCCUCACAAACCUGAUCCAGGGCAACCUUCUACCUAAUGCGAACCUCUGGAUAACUUCCCGUCCAGCAGCAGCCAAUCAGAUCCCUGCAGAGUAUGUUGAUAUGGUGACAGAGAUACGAGGGUUCAGUGACCCACAAAAAGAGGAAUACUUCAAGAAAAGAUUCAGUCAGGACUCGAGACUUGCUGACAGGAUCAUUUCACACAUCCGGUCUUCACAGACCCUGGACAUCAUGUGCCACAUCCCGAUCUUCUGCUGGAUUUCUGCUCUGUUAUUUCAGGAAGUUUUUCAGGGAGAUGAAAAAAGUGAAAUUCCUCAAACUCUGACAGAGAUGAUGGCGCAUUUCCUCUUUGCUCAGACAAAACGCAGAAGCAGAAAGUAUGAUGAGAAGAGUGAGAAAAGCAAAGAGAAUCUUUUGAAGACACACAGAGAUUUUCUCCUGAAACUCAGCAAACUUGCAUUUGUUCAGCUGCAGAAGAACAACCUCAUCUUCUAUGAGGAAGACCUGGAAGAAUGUGGCAUUGACAUAAAAGAAGCAUCUGUUUACUCUGGAUUUUGCAACACCGUUCUUAGAGAAGAAGAAGUGUUUUCCCAGAGAAAGGUCUUCUUCUUUGUCCACCUGACCAUGCAGGAGUUCUUUGCAGCUCUUUUUGUGUAUGAAUGUUUGACAAACAAUAACACAACAGAGCUCGGUGACUUCCUGGAUCUGAAGGACAAAGAACAUACUUUGCUUGAUCUUGUAAAGAAGACAGUUGACAAAGUGUUAGAGAAGAAGAACGGCCACCUGGACUGGUUCCUGCGAUUCCUCCUUGGCCUUAUGGUUGAACCAAACCAGAGAGUCCUUCGGGGUCUACUGACGUCACCAGACCAAAGCAAAGACACAGACAAGAAGGUCUUGACUUACCUAAAAUCCAUCCGAAGGAAGACCCUCUCUCCAGACAGCUGUAUCAACCUGUUCCAGACCAUGGUCGAGAUGAGAGACCAUAAAGUUAAAGAUGAGAUUCAGGAAUAUCUGAAGUCAUCAGAUCGUUCCAAAACAGACCUGACUCCAAUGCACUGCUCUGCACUGGCCUACAUGCUAGAGGUGUCAAAGAAUGAUCUGGAUGUGUUGGACCUGAAGAGUUACAACACUUCAGACGAAGGCAGGAGGAGACUGAUACCAGCUGUGAGGAGCAGCAGGAAGGCAAUACUAGCAGACUGCAGAGUGACUGCAGAGUGGGUCGAACACCUGGCCGUUGCCCUCAAGUUCUCCUGUUCAGCUCUGAACGAUCUGGACCUGAGCAACAACGACCUGAGAGAUUCAGGAGUGAAGCUGCUCUGUGAUGGACUGUCGAGUCAAAGCUGCAGACUGGAGACGCUCAGGUAGUCACACAGAUAAAAAGUAAACCUAAGAGGCAGAGAAGGUACAAAUCUACUCCAACUAGCUGUGAGUCCAAAAUGUAUGGUGCUAUCUAGAAUACGUUCUGCUGUGCAACUGCAAAGGUUGCCGAGGCUUUGUUCUCAACAUGGUCCUUUUAACUCAAC